ACUGCAGUUGGUGUGUGUGUAUCUGCGCGCGCGCGUUGCGAGUGUCUCGCUGCCGCGCGAGAUCACAGCAGGCCGGGGUUAAGAUGGCGGCGCCCGUGUUGCGAGUGUCUGUGCCUCGGUGGGAGAGCGGGGCUCGGUAUGCGGUGUGUGUGCUGGGUAUCUUGCUGUCAAUCUACGCGUUCCACGUGGAGAGGGAGAAGGAAAGGGAUCCUGGGUAUCAGGCCAUGUGUGACCUCAAUGAUUGGGUGCGCUGCUCCGCCGUCCUGUCCUCCAGAUGGGGUCGUGGAUUUGGCAUGUUUGGUACUAUCUUUGGAGACGAGAGUCUAUUAAAUCAGCCAAACAGUGUCUUCGGGCUUGUAUUCUUUUUUCUACAGAUGCUGCUUGGAAUGACUGUGAGUGCCGUGGCAGCGUUAGUGUUAAUGACCUCUUCCAUAGUGUCAGUGGUGGGGUCACUUUACCUUGCGUACAUCUUGUACUUUGUGCUGAAGGACUUCUGUAUUAUCUGUGUUGCCACCUAUUUGCUGAACUUCAUUCUCCUUCUCAUCAACUACAAACGACUAGUUUACUUGAAUGAGGCCUGGAAACAGCAACUGCUGGAUAAAGAAGAAUGAGCCUCUUGACCUCUGACUUGCACCUGAAGGACACUGCUUCUUUAAUGUUUAUUUUGCAGUACAUUUUUAUCGGUUGGGGGACAGUAUCCAAGAUAAAGAACAAUCUCACCAGAUUUUUUUUUAUUCUAACUGAACGGGCCCUGGAUAUUUGUGUAUAUUUGCUCUGGUACCUACAAAUUGAAAUGGAUGGAUGAAGGCGUAAGGAUCUUGGUUAUGAGUGGCAAGCUUUAACUGUACUCAAAUUUGGUUGAAAGGCACAUUAUUUCCAUUACCUUGAUUUCCACUCUGUGUACCACCAUGUACCCAGUAUGUUUGUCUGUCAAACCUAUUUAAUGCGGGUAUUUUUUCUUUCUUUUUCUUUGCGAGAGCUUAUUGCGUGGCUAAAGUAUAUAGAUGUUGCCAUAUUUCUUUCGGUGAA